AUGAAGUUUUUUAUCGCAGCUUGUAUCCCGUUUCUUAUGGCCACUAGCGUCAGCGCUUCCAAGUGCGGCAAGGUCGAGGAUUGUUGCUGGAAGGAUGUUGAAGCCUGUUCGAAAAAGCUCGGCGUAAGGCUGAGCCAUCUCAACGAGUCCCUGCUCGGCUUCGCUGUGCCGAAAGGCACCCAGCGCCGCGAUAGCUUGGCGACGGUAGCCCUUGGCCAGGCUGCCCGUCUGCUCGACGCCGUCCCUCCGCCGCACGAUCUCCAGACCGAGGAGGUAGUCGCCGCCCAGGACUGCCGUGCUGUUGCCCAACUCGACAUUGGCGGAGGGGCAGAGCCGGCGCGAUAUGGAGUGGUCGACGACGUCGUCGUGAAGGAGGGAGGCCGGGGAUCUCGGCUACCCGAGCCAGAAUCUGGGGAGUUUGUUUGGCUCCCGGCCGUUCAAAGAGUCCGCCAAUGA